UACUUGAGCUGCCGAAGGUACGAACUCGCAGAAAUUGCUGAAUUCAUCUCGUAAUGGAGAAAACUCUAACUGCGCAAGCCUCUCUUUCAGCCCCUGUUGAGGAUGUAUCCGGGUGUGUUCCCAUUCUCCAUCUUGGCCGCCAGUGUCCAAGUAUUGAUUUUCAUUAUUCGCCUCAACCAUGCUUCGCUGUGACCACCAAGCGGACUCAAAGUACCGCCCACUCCGUCAAAGCAACCGGAAAAACGCAUUGGCUAUGUUCGACCGACCUUGCUGACUUUAUUUCGACCGAAAAAGACGCGAAAAGACUCUCUGGAUAUUCCCAGGACAUUUGAACCCGGCGGUCAAUGACGUCACGCCGACCCCGCGAUUUGAUUGGCUGACGGCGCUGCCCUCUCCCGAGCGCCGUCGAAGGAGAGCAGCGAGGAGGAUGGGCGUCCCUGCCAGCCUCUCUUAGGACCGAGAAUUUCCCACCACGCAACAGGGCGAUUUGCUUAUUUCACGUCGUGUCAGAUACCAUGGCGAUGUCUUCCAAGAAGAUAACAUAUACCAGUGAUUUUAAGUUAAAGGUACUUGAUUACUAUUUCAAGAAUGGAGGCGAUGAUAAUUUUGGACUCAAGAAGAAAACUGCUCAACACUUCAACAUCGACAAGAAGACUAUCAGCAGAAUGUUAAACAACCCAGACAUGGUGAAAAGGGCACGGAAACUCCUCGCACGCAAGGUUACAACCACUCCCAAGAAUACCCCCAACACACGCCAGGGGGCAGCCAAGACCUCUGCCAAGGCCACCAAAGUUGCUGCGGCUAAAGUGAGUGUUGCCAACACCUCGGGGAAGGUCUCUGCAUCCAGCCAUACCAGUGCCUCAAACAACAACAGCAACAACAGCAGCAGUAGUUACAAAGCAUCUACCUCAUCUGCGAGCAGUACAAAGCAUGCGGGUGGCAGCAGCGGGAGCAAUCAGGGCAACAGUAGCUCGCAGCCCUCAGCAAAAUCCGCAGCUUCAAAGAAUAAGUGUGGGGAUCAGGAAGGAGACAAUGGAAUACAAGUGUUCGACCUGCCAGAGGAUCCUGACUACUCAAUUCUCAAGAAGUCCAUCAAUGCCUCAGCAAAUGGAGUUGCCAACCUGGCCAAACUUCUUGUCACAGGCACGAAAGAGGUACAAAACUUGAUCCUGAACGAGUGUGAUGUGAUCCUAGAGUGCAAAGUGUGCAACAAUCUCUUCAGAUCGGUAGUGAAUUUCCUCGCUCACAAAAGAAUCUACUGCCAAGAAGAGUAUGCAGAUGUCAGGUCACUGUUUCACAAAGAUAAUGUACAGGGCAUUACUAGCCACUCAAGAACCGUAGUUGUAGAGCCAGAACCUCCUCCGGACACCCCACAGCACCUCCAACCCGACCCUUCCACAUCAGCAUCAAAUACAUUGACAGUGCCGGUUAGAUCUGGUGCACAAAGAAGUGAGAGACGGUCGGGUAUUGACUCCAUAGCGAGGAGGUUGGCCAACAAGAGGAAACAACAUAGUCUCUCCUCGUCUACGUAUACUGGGUCUUCAGAUUAUUACCAGAGAAUAAGCGAAAUCAACAACAAGCGAGACAAGCUCAGCCGAGACUGCUCAGUUGUGUUGGAAGACAUAGGGGGUGUUGCCAAUGCAAUGUAUCAAACGUAUGUACCGCCAUCCAAACCUUCUCCGGUAUCCACAAUCAGGAAUUUAAUCGAUGAGGUAUCCGAACACGAAAAGGGUCUAACAGUUGCUAUCAACGAAAAUGGGGAUAUUAUGAAGACAGCAGCUGGGAAUGUUACAAAUAUGGAAGUGGAGCAAACUCCAAGCAAUGCAGAUGUAUCCAAAGAAAUCAUUUGUAGAUUAUGCAAUACAAGAUUUGCUACCCAGAAAACGCUAAGUGUCCACCAACGAACACAGCAUGGCUAUGAAAGAAAUAUAUAUUGCUGCCCCAUCUGUCAAACUACCUUCCUCAACAUCUUGUCUGUUGUCAAGCAUUUACAAAAAGUUCACAAGAAAACGAAAACUCAAAUAGAGAGAUUAAGAAAAGUCAUAAAGAAGAAUAUGUACAAGAAAAUGGUAUACCAAAGAGAUGAGUUCAAAGACCAAGAGGACCUUGAUAGGUCAAAUGACAAAGCAGAGCUAGAGAAGGAGGAGGAAGAGGAGGAAGGGGAGGAGGAAGAAGAAGAGGAAGAGGAAGAGCAAGAACAGGACCAGAACCAGGCCGAAGAAGAAGAAAGAGAGGUGGCUGAGGGAGAGGAAAAUGCUACAUGUGAACAGCCUGCGAAGAUGGAAGUUGACAGCAAUCCACAGAAGGGGAACAGCGCGAACACCACACCCAAGAAUUCUCCUGUCAAAUCCACACUGAAAGGGUCGAGGUCCAAAGAGGGAGUGCGUUGGAUGUGUAAUGUGUGCCUCAAGAAAUUCAUUUCACGGCCGGCAAGUUUGGCUCAUGUGGCCACACACAUCAUCUGCAACUUUGAGCCCAAGGCAGUUUUGAUCCAUGUAGAUAGAGAUGGACAAAUCCUGCCUAACCAGGUCACAGGAUUAGAAACACUGGAAAGAAAUCAGCACAGCAGAAUAAGAAGGAAUAGUUUUGAAGAUGAUAAUGAUGAAGAGAUGGAGGCAGAAGAGGAGGAGGAGGAGGAGGAGGAAGAGGAAGACAACAACAAUGAAGACGAGGAUGUUGAUGUUGAAAGAGUGGAUGAUGUCGAGGAAGAUGACAACGAAGUGGAUAAAGUGCAUUUUAGUAAUAAGUCACAAUUCCAAAGGGAGGUGAAGACUGUGGAGCAGAGUCACAUAAUAGGUAGAAGAAAAAAUAGAAAAGGUGUUGCUAGAAAGAUAAAGCCAGAAAGUGUAGUAUAUGAGACAGAAAAUGAGACGCUGUUGAGACUACAAGGUGCUUCAUGUAGUUCCAGUGAGGAUGAAAAGGAAGUUCGAAAAAUUCAUUCAUCCAAGAUUAUUUCUCCUGUAAAAAUAGAAAAGGUAGAUAGUUUGCAUGUAUCCUCUUAUUCUAAAGGGAAAAAACAGGGGAAAAUUAAUACUAGUGAAGGUAAAAAAAUAAAAACAGUUACAAGCAGUAAAGAGAAUAAGACAAUGAAUAUAAAACAGCAGAAAGUGGUGCAAAACCAGUACUUAUCCAAAACAGAACCUGCUGGGAAAAAUAAAUCAAAGGAAAAUUCACUGAAAACAGACUUGACAGUCCAGCCAUCAACUUCAACUUAUGAAGGAUCAACGACAAACAGUUCCAUGAAGAAACCUGAGCUCAAAAGUACAGAUUACUUAAGAAACCAAAGUAGUCCUUUAAGAGCAAGCUGGAAAGAUCAUUCUGAGGAGGAAGUACACAAGGUAGCCACACAACUCCGACUCUUUGAAGAAGACUGGAGCAGGAGUGAGUCAUCAACCUCGGAUAGUGAGGGUGAGGAAGACCAGUUGGAUGAGAGAAAUUCCAACGAGGGAGGUGAGAACAGUGAACCAGAGCAAGGGAGCAGCUUGGAGAUUGAUGUAGUACCAAGCAUGAGGGCAAAAAGUAAAUGUACUUAUAAAGUAAAAAACAUAGACAACCUGCUAGAAAGGAGUCAGGAUGCUAUUGAUAUAAUAUGUGAAAAGAAUUACCUAGCAGAAUCAAGAUUAAACAGAGAGAAGAAGGUGAUCCCUGUUCCUCCUUUGGGGGAAACUUGUUUACCAGCACCAAGAAAUGCAAGUGAGGAUCAAGGCAGUGAACGUAUCAGAUCCCCUACACAGGAAGAAGAGGAGGUGAUGCCAAGAUUGACUGCCAUUUGGGCAAAUGAGGAUGACACCAUGUCUGAAAAAGACAUUUUAAGUAAAGGUGAAAGUAAGGAGCCUGGGGUUCCUUCAUACUCAUUGAGUCAAACAAAGAUAAAAGAAUUCAAGGUAAAGGCAGAAGAAGAAAAGGGAGAGGUAGAGAAAGAGCCUUCUACAGUGGUUGAAGAAGUGCACAAAAAAAUGGUUACAAAGCCAGGAUGUGAACUAGACAGGGAAGAGGGUACAAACAAAGACAAAAUUACCAUCAAGGAAGAAAUUACGCUCAAGGAAGAGCCCCUAAUUGAGGAAGAUCAGGUGCAGUUGUUUCAGGUCAGAGUAAUGGUUUCAGAAGAGGACAUCAAAAAGGAAUAUGAAUCAGAAAGUCCAAAGAAAACAAACGAAGGGACAGACAUGGAAACAGUUGUGAUAAGUGAUGAUGCAGAUGUUGCUGAAAGACACGUGUCAAGUGCUGGGGGUUGGAGUCUUCUGGGUUUGGAUUUACCAGUUGACGAAGUCAUAGUUGAGGAUGUAAUGGAUGAGAUUGAAAAACAAGUUGAAGAUGGAGAAAGUGUUACAGGUUUGGGUAGUUCAUGCAAAGUGCCAGUGUCCGUUAUUCAGACUAACGUAACGAGUAUGAGCUCAAAAGCUGAUACAACAAAAUUGGCCUCAGCAUCUGUUCUGCUCUCCAAAGCCCAUUAUUUAUGUGAAAAGUCAGAUGGAACAUCCAAACCACAAACGGAGACACCAAAAGUGAAAGAUGGUACCUCAUCCCAAGUCAAAGCACCUGAAAUGUCUGGGAAAUCUGAGAAAUUGGGGGUUUCUACAUCCACUGACAGGAAACCUUUCAAGACAGUGACCUUAGUGAGACCAAAGCAUAUUUCAGCUUCAGGUUCCAGGUCAAAUGUACCAUUUUUCAGUAAGUGUAGAAACACUUUUCCAGUUUCAAAGACAAAUGAGAGUGAAGUAGCCAGUGUAAGCCAAGAAGUAUGUGCAGAUUCAGUUAGCUUACCAAGCACUUCUACAGAAUUAACUAGUCCAUUAAUUGCAUCAGUCAGUCAGACGAAGCCCUGCCCUGCACCUGCAAUUAGUCCUAUUUUAGCUAAAAACCCUGAAAUAGAUAAAGUAUGUAAACCCCUUGAAACUGUUGCAUCAUCAACCAAAUCCUCCAAGUCCCAUCAAGAGGGGAAUAAAACAGACAGUAAAACCAAGUUGGCAGGUGACUCUCCCUACACUAAGAUAGACUUAGCAUCCAGAGAACAAAUACAAGUUUCUUCAGGGUGCCCACAUCAGCUCAAAAUGCCAAAGGAAGCUACAUCUCCGACAUCACCUUGUGCCAUUGCCCCUUCUAUAUCUACCCUACAGACCCAUGUCACCUCAACCCCCAUACAGGUAAUUUCAGCCAGUGCAGCUAGUGGAUGGGAAAAGAAAUCUGAUCAAGUACCAAUAACACAAUCAGUUACUUCAUUGAUCAUUCAACAAAUGUCAGAGAAGGAGAGAUCAUACAAACCUAACCUAGAUAUCAAGACCAGAAGUGUACAGAAUGUAUCUGGACCAAGAAAAUCUGGUUUUAUAACUAUCUCCAAAGCUACAAAGAAUGUUUCUCCUUCCACCGAGGCAGAGAAUGUAAAAGGGACUGAAUUACAAGCUCAUUUUUCAGGCUCAGAUACACAGGAUAAAUCAGGAAAAUCAGUAUCUCGUUGCAGUUUACAGUCUGACAGUCUUGCUCAGAAGAUACUUACAGUGAAAUCUGCAGAAUUGGUGGUUUCAAGGAAAGGAAAAGACAUUGUGGUCACUAGGAAAAGUAAUUUGGAGUCCUUGCAAACCACAGGAGACAAAAUGCACAAGAGGAAACAAGAGGAACAGCUUGACUCUGAGACAACUCAAGCUGCAGGAGAAAAAUUGACCGAAAGUGAAAGUAAAGGGAGACAUGAUGCCAAAUCUUUAUCCCAAGAGAGAGACAGGGACAGUUUAAAACUGAAAAUCAAAGAUUUGGCCCCAGAGGAGUGUGCAGCCGUAAAAACUUUAGUUGGAAUCUCAGAAAGCACCAAAAAAAGGGUUAGUGUGUCCAGUAGCAUUGGAGAAUCUCAUUUAACUUUAAAAAAGCCUUUAGAUCAUAGAAAGUCAAAGUUGAGAGAAGAGUCUCACUCUGAUGCAUCCCCGUCAUGUAGCAUGCCUCAUAGAGACAUCCAGACAAGUGUGUUGAAGGAAGAAGAGGGAAACAAAGUAAGCUCAGAAGCUGAUGUCAGCAAGCUUCCUGCACUGGUUAAGAAUGUUAGCAAAAUUAAAGUUCAAGAUGAAGGGAACAAAAGCGAAAAUAUCAGCAUUAGUUGGACAAGACAACGGCCUGAAGAGAUCAAACAGUAUGGUGGGAAGAUGAAGGAAGAAUAUAUUAAAUAUAAGAAACGCAUUAGACAAAACCAAGAUGAAAGGCAGAAUGUUCCUCUGGAAAAGAGCAAAGAAGAGGAAAGUGCCAGAGGUAGGGAGAUAGACUUACCGGUAGUUGCAGGUGAAGAUGCAGGAGUCGACCUAGUCCAGCCACACAAUUUCAAGCUAUUCAGUAUGAGGGAAGAAGAGGAGCAUCCACUCGAAGGUGAGGAGAUGUUCAGAAAAAACCGUCACAAAGAGAAAAAGAAGGACCAGAAUAAAAAACUCUGGCAGAUGGUGAUGGCAGCUAAGGCAAGAGCCAAGAAAGAAGUGGAGAAGAAGGAUAGUGAUACCCCUUCUGAUGGAGAUCAGGGCAUAGCAGGUGAUGCAGGAGUCUCUGCAGAAGAGCUGGCAAAGGAUCAUGUUCUUACACUUUGGUCUGGUGAAUCCAAGGAAACUUCCACUAAGAGAGAAAGGGGUUCUGCUGAUCAUCAAGGGAGUGAACAUGAGGAGAAACCUUUUUACGUUAAAAGAGCCAAGAUGACACAGUGUGCGGGUGAGGAGAAUAAAGCCGAUGAAAUAAGGAAAGUGGUUCCUGGUGUAGAUCAAUUGAAAAGUAGUUCAGCAAACACUUCGUGGAGAAUCCCAGAUGAUGCUGGAAUGAGCAGCAGUGAAAGAACAUUAAUUCCAAAAGAGAAAGAGGUGGUGAGUCUAGAAAGUGAAGCCAGUGAAUCUCAGGACCCAGUGUCUGCAGCAGAGGUUGACCUCAUGACAACUCUGGAUCAGAAUGCAGUCAUGCGUGAUGCUACAACUUUUGGUGACCUAAGCUAUGAUUAUGAUCUGCAGUGAUUGGGAGACGAAAAUGACAAUGGAUGUUCCUCCGAUCAUCGUUGUGUUAAAUGCGACCGUAGGUUCAUGACAGCUUCGGCUUUGUUGUCGCAUGACAAGUUCUGCUCUCUGCUGCAGAUGAGGCCCGACAUCCCUCCAGAGAGUC